AUGGACAGAGAACAUAUCUCGGGUUUGGUGCAUCGUCUCAAUGAUGUUGAGCUGGCGGUUUUGUUAUGCUUGGUUGCGGACAAGCAUUGCAUCCUGAGCACUGAGGGACAAUGUUUACAGCUGCUACAAAGACAACUAGAGCUGGCCGCAAUAAGUGCGUUUGGCCUUUCGACAACAGUGGUUCACUGCACUCCGGAAACCAGCUUGGACGAUUUCGCAGAGGCCCUCCUGUUGCCGGAUGAGACCAGAGCGCGGUCGACCUCGUUCAGGGCAUCGCCAGUUCUACCCCGUGAGGAAUCUUAUUAUGGAUAUCGAUCGCGCUCAAAUACCCUACGGAGUCAAUCACAAGGCACACAGGAAGAAUUUAUGAAUGGACGAAAGAUUGCGAAUAUAGUUAUCGCAAGGGACUUAGAUUUAGCAAAUCCCCAAGUACAAGCUCAAGCCUUAGAGCUUAUGAGGACAAGGCAAUUCUCAACACGUAAAGGCGCUUUUGAAGUCCCGGAGAGAUUUUUAUUCAUCGCUAUGCUAGUGAAAUCUAGUGAACCCCCAACUUUAACAAAUCAUUUGCGUGACCAUUUCUUUAUCUCGCACUACCAUCCUUCGGAAGAAGGAUUUCCGGAAGAUGUGGAGAGGGAGGUAGCAGAAGCAGAAAUGGAAGCGGAAAGAUCAGACAGCGACUCUCUAGCUUCAGUUGUUAUACGCAAACUCUCCACGACACCGCCGUUACGCCGAGAUUCGAGAUUUCCCCUAUCUGGAAAUGGUGUUUUGGUUUCUGCGGCUGUAAUAGAGAGCCUCAAAGCAAUGGCAGAAGACGUCACUGUUAGUAUAGAGAUUAAGAGACAUAUCAUAGAUAUCGUCGUCUUUAUAAGAAACCACAGAGCCGUUGCAGGAGGUGUAUCAGCAAGAGCAACCAAGGAUUUUGAGUUGCUUGUCAGAUGUCUUUCGCCACUGCAUGGCUUGGAUUUCGCAACGCCGUCGCUGAAGCCAGAGGGUGAGAAGAGUAGUCUCUGGGGCAGUAAAGCAGAGGCGAUAGAGGCGUACUUAAAACGCAUUGACGUGGAAGGUGUUCUGGAUGAAGUGGCUACAAGUGUUAGAGUACCAACCACUUGUCAACCUCAAGCAGGGCUCGGGAAGACCGGCGGGGACUUUCCCAGGUUGUCGGUUCUGCAGGGGCUCGCGUGGGAGGGCUGUUUGUGGCAGCGGGACAAGCCGAGCGCCGGACAGCUAGCGACCCUUUUUCGUGGUGUUUCGUUUUUCACUUCACCACUUUCUCUUAUCGCAGCACCAGCACCCAUACCCCCCAUACCAAUCCUGGGGCUAUCUAUCGCUGCUGUGCAUGUUUACCGUACCAUACCAUCGUGCGUGCUCUACGUGAAGAAUCGCAUCAACUUAAACAGCGCUCUUCCCACUCCCCCCUCCAAAAUCCUUACCAAUCGCCUCCAAGUAAUGUCUAGAUACAGGCUUCCUGGCGCAGCAACGAUCCCAGUUUUACCUACCGACGGUCGAGUAAAAGUCCUUGCCCAUCUUUUCGAGCCCUGCGAUGCAUUGAAUACUCUUGCGCUGGAGUACCUGGCCACUGGGCCGUUCGAUAACUAUGAUGAGGUUAUCACUUUGAUCAAGCAACUACUUAUAGACCUCAAAGACACCGAUUCGCCGUCGAAUACAGCCUGGCUGCUGAAAAUUCUUGCAGCACAUCCAAGGUUGGGGGAAAAGAGGAUCGACAGCGAGCAUUCGAGGCUUGAGCAGGCCAGUCUCACAGCGGAGAGUGAGGAGGAGGGGAUCAAGCUGAAGGCCCUGAAUAAACAGUAUGAAGAGACGUUUCCUGGUUUGAGAUAUGUCGUUUUCGUCAAUGGCCGUAGUAGGGCAGUUAUUAUGGAAGAUAUGGAGCGAAGAAUCGCUCGAGGAGAUAUUGAAGUCGAGAAAACAGAAGCAAUCAACGCAAUGUGCGAUAUUGCAAGGGACAGAGUCGACAAGCUCCUUCCGUCAUAA